AUGGCUAUGUCAAGGCAAACAAGCGUAGAACUUUUCACUCGUGGACUAGUGAAUGUCUUCAAAGAACAAUGGAAAGUCGUUGUAUGGCUAAAGCCCGGCCACAACAAUGCUGAUCAUAAUGAUCCUAUCGCAGCCCACAAAAUUAUUUUGGCAGCGAGAUCAAAGGUGUUUAAGAGUAUGUUUGAAUCAGACGAAAUCAAGACUUGGACCGUGAAUGAGACAAUUACUAUCUCCGAUCUUAAACGCCUAGUUUUGUCGAGUUAG